GCUCCGAGGGACCUGUGUCUUGAUAGCGCGUUUUUAAUUACCCCCGAAGUGUCUUUGGUCCGUUGUUCCAGGUUUCUCACGGGCUGAUCAUGGCUUCCAGGCACACCGUGUUGAUGCGGUUGGUAGCCUCAGCAUAUUCUAUUGCUCAAAAGGCAGGAAUGAUAGUCAGACGUGUUAUUGCUGAAGGAGACCUGGGUAUCGUGGAGAAGACCUGUGCAACAGACCUGCAGACCAAAGCAGAUCGAUUGGUACAGAUGAGCAUAUGCUCCUCACUGGCACGGAAAUUCCCCAAACUAACAAUUAUAGGGGAAGAGGAUCUGCCUUCUGAGGAAGUGGAUCAAGAGCUGAUCGAAGAUGGCCAGUGGGAGGAAAUACUGAAGCAACCAUGCCCAUCACAGUACAGUAAUAUUAAAGAGGAAGAUCUUGUGGUCUGGGUUGAUCCUCUUGAUGGUACUAAGGAAUAUACUGAAGGUCUUCUUGACAAUGUAACAGUUCUUAUUGGAAUUGCUUACGAAGGAAAAGCCAUAGCAGGAAUUAUUAACCAGCCAUAUUACAACUACCAGGCAGGACCAGAUGCUGUGCUGGGGAGGACCAUCUGGGGAGUUUUAGGUUUAGGUGCCUUUGGGUUUCAACUGAGAGAAGUCCCGGUUGGGAAACACAUUAUCACAACCACCCGAUCCCACAGCAACAAGUUGGUAACUGAUUGUGUUACCGCCAUGAACCCUGACGACGUGCUGCGAGUGGGAGGAGCAGGAAAUAAGAUUAUUCAGCUGAUUGAAGGCAAAGCCUCUGCUUAUGUAUUUGCCAGUCCUGGAUGUAAGAAGUGGGAUACUUGUGCUCCAGAAGUUAUUUUACAUGCUGUGGGAGGCAAGUUAACGGAUAUCCAUGGGAAUGCCCUUCAGUACAACAAGGAGGUGAAGCAUAUGAACUCGGCAGGGGUCCUUGCCACACUGAGGAAUUACGACUACUAUGCAAGCCGAGUUCCAGAAUCUGUUAAAAAGGCACUUGUUCCUUAAAGGAAAGUUUCAUUUACUUAACUAGAAGGACUUGUUCUUAAAAUAAUAUAUAUUAAAACUCAUUGGAUGGAAUUAGAACUCCACCUUCAUUCAUUGUUGAUCAGUGACUUAUAUUUAAUUACUGUACUUAGGACUAGAAAACAGAAUUAAAGAAUUUAAGUUGAUGAAUGAAUCAACCAGACCAAUUUUGA